AACUUAAUUUCUUCUUUCAGUAUAUUAUUGAAAUUGUAACGCCGGUCACCUCUAACCCCCCACACCAUUCAACUUGUUUAUCAUGAUACCAGUGUAUACAUCGUAUUUCGUAUUAACAAAUACAAUAUUACGUGCCAAGGACGUUCGAUUGAUCCGUCGAUCGGUAGCAACCGAAAUUGGUUCACCGAUUGGCAAGAUCUCCGUCGAAGAUGUUCGCUACGUCCUCGUGACGGUGCGUGAAUUUCACGACGUAGCUUUUCGGGGCUGUCAUUCGCGCAAUACGAAUCCACGAUGACGUUUAUGCGCGUCGUUUCAAAGCGAUCAUCGUAAAUACCACGGCAAGCCGCAGGGCUGGCUAUGCUAUUGUUGAAUUUUCAUACAAUACCCAUUGCGCAACGAUUAUACAAGCAGACCUGAAACUCUGAUGUUCGCCCUCGGCAGGUCAGAGAGGAAUAUUUCAAGGAACUUCUAUUUUCCAAACUUGGAAAAUUGAUAUGAAAAUGGUCAUAUGCAAUUAUUUAACUUUUCGAUUUAAACCCCGUGCUGUUGGACACUUUUUUUUAUAUUCCUGGCGCUAGUCACCGGUGAUUAUAAAUUAUUUUGCGAUGAGAACUGAAAGAAAUCCAACAAGGAGGAAGGAAAAAGUCUGAAACCUUGACGUGUUUAUUCCUUCCGGCGAACGUAGUAUUCUUGUCUUGUAUACAUCGUAAUCUUUCAGUUACUAUGCGUGUCUGCCAUUAUGAAUGAGAUUCGAACUUGAAUGAUCUUCUGGUCGCUUCCACGAGCCAGUAAACCCACGGAAUAUGAUGUUGAAAUGUUUGCUCUUCCGAAUUGUAUGCUUUUCCGAUAUAUUCCCUCGGGGGAAUAUUGUGCAACGUGUUGAUAAACAUCUCGAAUUUCGAGUGAGAACAAUGAAAACCAGUUGCGAGAUUCGAAUGGUAGAUUUUUAUUUUCAAUCGAGAUCGAAUAGCGAUCGUGCAUUCGUAGACGCGAAGAAAAGUAUUGACGAAUGGACCGAUGCCAAAGAGGAAAAUUUGGCACCGUUUAUCGAUGCAAAGAGAAAGCGAGCGGUUUGAUGCUAGCCGCGAAAGUGGUGAACACCGCUAAAAAGGAGGAUAGACGAGCUGUCGAACGAGAGGUGGAAAUUAUGAGACGGUUACAACAUCCCCGGCUGAUUCAACUCUACGAUGCCAUCGACACAGGCAAACAGAUACACGUCAUUUUGGAACUGAUCGAAGGUGGUGAACUGUUCGAGAGGGUGAUAGACGACGACUUUGUACUGACCGAGCGCAGUUGCACCGUUUUUAUGAGACAAAUCUGCGAGGGUAUCGAAUUUAUUCAUCGUCAGAAUAUUUUGCAUCUCGAUCUAAAGCCGGAGAACAUACUCUGUCUGACGAAGGAGGGUAACAGGAUUAAAAUCAUAGACUUCGGUCUCGCGAGGGAGUACGAUCCAAAGAAGAAGCUGCAGGUUCUAUUUGGCACGCCGGAGUUCGUUGCACCGGAAGUCGUAAAUUUCGAUCAGAUUGGAUUCGGUACCGACAUGUGGAGUAUAGGGGUCAUCUGUUACGUACUAUUAUCCGGGUUGUCUCCGUUCAUGGGCGACACGGACAUCGAGACAAUGGCGAACGUCACGAUCGCGAAGUACGACUUCGAUCACGACGCUUUUGCCGACAUUUCCGAUGACGCCAAAGAUUUCAUUCGCUGUCUGCUAGUCAAAGACAAAGAAAAACGAACGUCAGCCGCUCAGUGCAGGGAGCAUCGUUGGUUGGCGAAAAAACCGAGCAAGCAGCAGGUCGAGCAAAUAAUAUCGAAGUCAAAAUCAAAAAUUCCUCAGCAAAUCCACGAGAUACCUCGACUAGAGACGAGCAACGCGGAAGAGCUGGACGUGGCCAAGGACAAUUUGAGGCUGUUCGUUGAACGCUGGCGAGAACAUCCGAACAGUCCCUACAUGCUCGAUAUCCCUCCGUACAAUUUUCUACAGAAUUCGACUAAGGAUCACGACGAUCGGGUGUCACUAAAGGGACACAGCCCUUCACCUUGUGCCAGUAUUUGUAGCACUCCCUCGGAAUCAGCUGACAACUCUCCCCGAGGGAGUUACGGUUCAUUUUUGACCGUGCCUGGUUUUGGUUUUGAGAGGAGAGCCUCCGAAGGCAUCGCCACGGAGAAGUCUCGAGGGGAUCCAGCCAGUCAGAUCAUCCUCGCCGAAGAAAUAAUCAAACUGUCCGCUCAUCUGCGUUCCAUAGCCAUGGGGACGUGCAUCAAGUCUAACGAUGAAGAUGUCCGAUCCCUGGAUAGUCAGGAGAAAAAGACAGAGAAACCGGAGGAGAAGAGCGCCAGGAACGGUGUCCACUCGAAGAGCAACGUUUUGAUGUCCGCCGAGAACAGCGAUUGCAACGAGAUCACAGAGAAGCUGACCAGCAUAAUGCGACACAGGAAGCUCAAUGGUACGACCUUCCACAGUAGUAGCCGUAAUUUUGAAAAGUAUACAGAAACGAACAGUGGUAACAUAUUCGCCUCGUUAAAAAAACAGAAACAGAACGCUGACGAGAGGAGCUGUUCGAGAAAGGAACAGGAUAGAACGUCUGAGGAAACAGCCACCAGCUCCGUCAGGUCGCAAUCUGUCCAGGAGAAAGUGGAAAGUACGACGAGGGAGAAGAACGUUCCAUUAUCUGCUGAUGGUGAGAUGGAUUUGACGCCACCGUGGAGACGUUCGAGGAUGAAACGUUUAUUCGGCGAGACCAGUCGGGAUGUUCCACGAAUCUCUGAGCUUCGUAACCUGCACAAGAGUCUGAAUCUCGACGAACCGACCAACACCAAGGAUCUGUUGCUUCAUUUGCUCGAGGAAUGGGAUGGGGUCGCGACGAGGUCAUCCGGCGUGGGCCGGAAGUCCGUGAGUGUCGAUUGGUGUGGCGAAGAAUCGGUCGGCAGAAAGACGAUGAACUCUCUGGCUGAAUAUUUUCAAGCGAAACAACAGAAAUCGACAGCUUCCAGUGUUAAUUCGACUGCACAGAAUUCCGUGCAUCGUUGAAUGGAUUCGCUAGAUGGUUCGAGGACUAUGUUGGAUUUGUUGAGACAACGAACAUAGUUGUUCAGCAUUGUGAAGUUCUCAGGGCAAUACGAGACGAAGAUUAAGGGGUCUUUGAUAUGCAUCGUUUGCUUACUUGGAACUUGUGAACAGCAAUGUUAUUUCCGGUUUGAAUGCUAAUUCAAGAAAUUUCAAUUUAAAAUUCACUUUUCUUAGUUUCAGAAAGAGUGCAUUCUUUCAGGUACUUUCUUCUUUUAUUUUAAUAAAAUUUUCUUAAUAAAUGUUAAAUCACAAAAGACAAUCUUUUUCAUGAAACGGAGUACAAACGGUUAAUUAGAAAGCAAGAAAAGAGGAAGCAUAUCAAAUAAUUGACGUUGUUAAAGUUCGACUGCGAAGAUUGUUUCUAUUUAUUAUGUACGAUAAAUGUGCAUGCGUACACAAUAUAUUAUUUAUACGAGUUUAAGUUAUGCAAUAAUUAUAAGCGAGUGCAAUAACGUCCAAUUUCAUAUUUUAUCAGGGUGUAACGAGAACGAUCAUCGUGUUCACACGUCUGUGCAUAUAUUCUUGUUUCAAUGUCUUAUUUAUACUAUAUGUUUAAUAUAAAAGGUCAGAAAAUCGA